AUGGAGCCGCCGAGAACGCCGCAGAAGCGAGAUAAUCCCCUCACAAAUCUAAUUCAGCGGCUAAAUGACGACUACGGGCUAGGGAUUGAGGUGCCCGACCGAAGCCUCACACCCUACCAACGCCUCGAACUAGCCCGACAGGACGACGAGUACAAGCGCCGGGACUGCAUUUACAAGAACCUACAGUUCCUCUUCUACAGUCCGGACGGAAUGAUUGACAAAGCACUUGAUACCUUUUUCAUCAAGGCAAGGGCCACCAGCCGUCAGUGGGUGGUCAAACCGCAGGCCAACCCGACGGCCCUCUCCUCGUCCAAAGAGCCGCCUAAAGCCCGAACCAUGAGCCAGAAGCUGUCGCUGCAGGACCUGUUGUUGGAAACCCUCCAGAGCUUCAAGAAUCAGAUUCAGCCGCAGAGACUCGCAGUCUCUUCUCCCGGUCAGCAGCGCAGCGCUUCUAAGCCCCCCACACAGUUCAAGCCAAAACCUAGAGUCCAAACGGACUUCCCGAGCUCGCCCUCCUUGUCCCAAUUUCCCGACCCAGAAUCCCCCUCCCCGGGAGGCCAAAAGCGCCACUCGCUCGACGGCGAUGGCUCUCAGGCCACCAAGCGCCCCAAGAGCGGCGAAAUGCCCGCCCAGUCCGCCAUCAUGCCCUCCGUCAGCGCUAUUGACAAUGUACCUAGUCGGCGGUGGCUUCAGAAAAAGACCACGGGGCCGCCCGUUAAUACCCCUCCAUUUCGUGCCGGUCAUGCUGUUACGAAUAUUCGGAAUACAACGUCUGCUAGUAGCAGCAUGAUUUCAUUUGAGAGUCUCUUUAGUCUGGACAACGCACAGAAACUGCAAUCAACCCAGACAACUACGCGUCAAGGCUCUCAGCGACCAAAACUCGUUGAAGGGUCACACGUAGCCCAGGACGAUGACGAAUUCCUCGCACUCUCGUCAGAUGACAUCCAAGCGUUGGAUGAAUUGAUAGAACUAAAUUCCCAACGACAAAAGACUCGUCCCGCGCAAGUUCGCGAACCGCUACCACGCGAAUUUUCGAUUCCUUCUGAUUUAGGAGAAGAAUUCGAUAUUCCAGAGGAGUUAGUACAAUCUCCCUCAAAUGCCGCGAAACCUGCGAAGCGUACGCUUCUUGAAGAGCGUCUUCAAAAUAUCUGGCCAAAGUUUCCGCGCUGGCUUCACAGGGCGCCACUCGCUGUGGCCUGGGAGAUCACUCGGAUCUGUUUGCACUGCGGUGUCAAUCUCGACGAUAAGAGUCUGCUAUACAAGCCUGCCUGGGCGGAUGGCACCAUGAACGACAUAUGGAAAGACCUUCACCAGCUCCCAGUCUUCCGUGGCAAAUCAUUCCCCGAGAAGCCUUUAGCCAAUGUGUUUGCAGCCGCCCUUGCAAAUUUCGAGAGCAAGGGGAAUGCCGUCAUUCUCUCGGCCAAGCUGGACUUGACCAAGUUAAAAGAUGGACCGCUGUUUGUACUGGACAUGAUGCCUCUUCGUCUCGAUCAAGGCUGCCGGUUGACGAGGAAGUUCGGGCCAGAUCGCUUCUUUGAGAUCCUGAUACCGUCCCCUAUAGGAUCGGGGGGUUCGGAAACAGUUAUCAACUGGUUGACUCAGCAACAGCAUUCCUUUGUCGGGCGCCAAUGGCGUGCGUUUUACAGCAAGAACGCGGGAUAUCGAAAGCCAGCAAGAGAUCUUUGGCGAAAAUCGGAGCCAGAGAAGCCUACGAUCACGGAGAGAGUCCACUUCUUUGCCGAGAGCGGUCACAACUUCCGCAAGGCACCUCACGGGAAGACCAGCUCUUUUCCUCCGGCGAAACAGUCAAUCAACAAUAGGACUGAUCUCAAAGUUAGCGACAUGCUCGGCUGGCUUCUGCAGAUUGACAGCAACGAAUGGCAGCCCUAUCUAAGGCUCUUUUCUCGCAUUCAACUAGGACUGAGCAAAACAUUCCCGGCUAUAGUAUUCAAGCCCUCGCAAAUUAUCCAUUACGACUGCGAUAUCCUGUCCCCCAUCGGAGAGGUCAUGAACGAUGGCAUUGGUCGCAUGUCCCGAAACGUGGCAAAGCGAAUCCGAGAUUCACUCGGCCUGACGGAUAUUCCUUCGGCAGUGCAGGGCCGUAUGGGAUCGGCAAAGGGCAUGUGGCUAAUGGAUGUAAGCGACAUGAGCGACGAGGACUGGAUCGAGACCUACCCUUCCCAACGAAAGUGGGAGUGCGACUUUGUAGAUCCGUUCCACCGCACCUUGGAAAUCCGGAGCAUAGCGUCCCAGCUGAAGUCGGCGGGGCUCAACCUGCAGCUCUUACCCGUGCUGGAAAACCGGGCAAAUGAUCGUCGCCAGAUGCGUCAAGCUAUCAGCAACCGUCUCACCAAGGAUUUGCAGCACCACUUCGAUGUCCAAAAGGCCGCAUUCAAACGUCCUAUUCAGUUUCGCCAGUGGGUGCACGAGAGUUGGUCAAACCGUUCUGAGCGGAUUAAAUUAGGACAUAUCAAGUUCCUGGCAGGGCUCCCGGAUAGCAGAGAGGAGACUCUGAAGUUUCUUCUGGAUAGCGGGUUUGACCCCAAGAAACAACUGUAUCUUCAAAAUAUGGCAUGGAAGCUACAGCAACAAAGGUGCGACACAUUGAAGACCAAGCUCAACAUAAACAUUGGCCGCUCGGCAUACAUGUUUAUGGUCGUCGACUUCUUGGGAGUUCUCGAAGAGAACGAAAUCCACGUGGGAUUUUCGUCAAGAUUCAGAGACGAGUCCAGAGACACAUCAUACACCCUUCUCGCCGACUGUGACGUGCUGGUCGCCAGAUCCCCGGCACAUUUUGUUAGCGAUGUCCAGAGGGUUCGCGCCGUGUUCAAGUCGGAGCUGCAUUCCCUCAAAGACGUCAUCGUCUUCUCGUCCAAGGGCAACACUCCACUUGCCAAAAAACUCUCGGGCGGCGACUACGAUGGGGAUAUGGCCUGGGUGUGCUGGGACACAGAAAUCGUCGAGACCUUCGUCAACGCCGAGAUGCCAGAAGAACCCGAUCUUUCAAAAUACAUUAGAAAAGAUACUACGAAACUCGAGGCGCUUCUUCAGGCGUCCAACGGCAAUAGAGAGAAAGCCGUCUACGACAUGAUCAACAAGAGCUUCCAAUUCGCCAUGCAGCCGAGUUUUCUGGGAAUCUGCACCAACUACAAGGAGAAGCUCUGCUACCAUAUGAACAGUGUCAGUAACCCCGAAGCCGUGCUGCUCAGCAGCCUGGUCGGCCACCUCGUCGACCAGAGCAAGCAGGGCGUCAUCUUCAGCAACAAGAGCUGGGAAAAGCUGCAGAAGGACCACUUCAACGGGCUGCGGCCUGACGAGCCGCGGUACAAGGGCAGCGACUGGUCCAGCAAGGGCGAGCCGGUGCACAUCAUCGACUACUUAAAAUUCUGCGUAGCCAAGCCAGCCAUCGACCACGAGCUUCACGACUUCUACCAGGCUAUGCAGGCGGGUCUGGGUCGCACCGUGGGCAAGGCGGACGACGACGCGGCGCACUACUGGGACCCGGACCUGGUCGUGUACUUUGAGGGCUUCCACGCGCUGGCGUCCGAGUCGCCGUCGUGGAAGGCCGUGCUCGACGAGCUCAGGAACGCCAUCAUGCUCGUCGACCGCGACUGGAGGAUCGCCAUGAAUCGCGGCAAGAAGGACGAGUUGGACUACUCGGCCCGCGUCAAGAUCCUGCACAGGAAGUGGCAGGACAUCACCCCCGGCGCCAUCAGCCGCGCAGGCUCCAACAGGCCCGAUUCUAAGAUAACGGGCCUGCUCGAGCAGCCGUGGCUAGCCGACGCCAACGAGACCAGCACCUGGGCCCUGCUGCGCGCGAGCACGGCCUUCAGGUCGCUGUACUUCAGCAACCCCAAGUUCGUCUGGCAGAUGGCCGGGCGCCAGCUAGCGCAUAUAAAGGCGCAAAUGACGCGCGUGGAUGGCGGUGCGCCCGCCUUCGUCACUCCAUUGAUGUACGCGAGCCUGAGCCCCGACGCGCGCUUCAUAAAGCAGUACGUCGCGCGCAUCGAGGGCGAGGGGCCCGAGCACCCGGAUGCUGACUAUUUUAAACGCGAGGCCGACGGCGACGCCUACGGGUGGGGGUUCGGUCGCUACGACGAUUACUAG